AUGGCAUUGAAUUGGAAGAAUUUUUCAUUCAAGAAGGGUAAAGUGGCAAAUGGCCAUCAAAAUGAAGUGGUCAGAUCAGCCUCAGUGAGGAAUCUCAAAGAAAAGAACAAAGAUAUGUCAAGUCAGAGUAGUUCCUCGAUUGCGAAUGAUGACCUGAAAUCACCGCCAGGGAAAAAAUUGGAAAGAGUUGAUGUUCACAGUAAUGUGGUUUCAAUGUGUCCAGAUGUUGUUGACAUUAGUGAAGAAGCAUGUGUCGAAAUGACAAAGGAUCCUUUCGAUGAUGAUGAUGAUGACGAUUAUUUGAUGAACUGGACUGAUCAGAUGAUCGUGAAUGAUUAUUAUCACUUUGAUGAUGAAUAUGAUGCAGAUGUCAAUCAAAGCAUAGCUAAUAAUAAUAUUAAUGAUGAUUAUGACGACGAUGAUGAUGAUGACGGUGAUGAUGAUGAUCAUAAUUUUAUUCCUUCUGCAAAAAAGGUUAAACUGAGCAAGAAAGUGAAAAAAAAAAGUAAGCUAGUUAGGUCUAAAAAGCCUAUGAAAAAGAGCAAUCCACCAUAUUCCAUGGACAUCAUCUCCAAUUCAAACAAAAAUAGUCCAUAUUCCAACAAACCAACGGGCAAAUUGUUGAAGGAACAUUUGCUGAAAGGAACAACAAUAUCUGCAACAUCACAAACUACAUCUACAACAACACCGACGACAUUGCCAAUGAUGAACGAUAAACAAUCAAAAAAUAGAAAAAUUUCCAAACUGGAUAUGGGCUGUUUACCAGUAAUAACAUCAGUCACAUCAAAAACUUCAUCUGAAACAUCAAUGACAUUAUCGCAAACUUGGCAGACAUCGUUGACAUCAUCAAAGAUAUCACCGAUACUAUCAUUGCCACGUUCUGUAGAAACAUUAUUACAAAAGUCAAGAACAUUCUCACGACCACUAUUGAAACAAAGUAAGCGGAUUAGGUCUAAAAAGCCUAUAAAAAAGAGCGAUCCACCAUGUUCCAUGGACUCCAUCGCCAAUUCAAACAAGUCUGUCAAAAAUUCAAAUGAGUCAAUCGAGAAUUUUGAAAUGCCAGAUAGAAAUUUGAACAAUUCUUUUAAAAAUGUCAACAAUUCUCCUCAAAGGGUCAACAAAAUAAUACAAAAUCUCAAGAAUCGUUUUAGAGAUUUGAAGAACUUCCCAAACAACAAUAGAAGUGACAAAAACAAUUCAAACACGACAAACGUCUCACCGAUACUUGAAAAAAUUCUUCUCAAUGAAAACACCAACAACGACAGCCUUAGUGGCGACAACAUCGACAGAAACAUUAACAACAAAAACAACGAUGGCGUCAAUCAGUUCAUCAACUUACUUCCUACAAUUCCAACAAUCUACCAACUUCCUAACAUUAAUGCUAGCCUCUUGCUGAAUGCCUUUCCUGCUAACAUCAAUGCAAACUUUUUGCAAAAUGAAGUUAUUGUUGGCAACACAAAUAACAUUUACAGCAAUGCAACACUUAAUCCGACCAACAACAACAUCUUUACCAACAAUUUGUUACUGAACAACAAUAACAUUCUUUUGAAUGGCAGUCAGAUUGUUGGGUUGAUCAACCCCAACAACUUCAACAACAACAACAUUCUCCUUCCAAACACUAACUUAACUUUUCCUAACAAUUCACUAGUCACUAAUUGGAAUCUAGCACAAAUGCCAUACAUACAAAACAUUCCUCAACUUAACUUCUUCAACAAUAAUGAAAUUAUGAUUGCCAAUCCAUGUACUGCUAGCAACGGUCAUUUGCUGCAAGCUAGACCUCUCCUGAAUAUUAUAGACAACCAUUGCAACAACAGCAGUAACAUCAAUAACAACAACAACAGUAACACUAACAAUAACAACAACAACAAUAACAUUAACAUUAACAACAAUACACCUACGAGCAAUAUUCACAUGCUGAAUGUUAACAUUACACCAAGAGUUGUUCACUUCCAAGAUUGCAACAACAACGACAGUAAUAGGUCAACAACAACGACAACAACUUCUGCAACAACAUCAUCAACACCUCUUAAUACUGACAGAUUAUCUAAUAUAGUUAGCAUUAAUAGCACCAGCGUUAAUACUAUUUUUACAACAAAUUCUGACAACAGAAGCAGCAACAUAAACAACCAAAACAUAAAAAAAUUAAUGGUCUUAAAAUACCGAAACAAUUGCAAUAAGAUGGUCAAUUUAGUUGUUGGCAAGACCUGCCUGAACAACACUAUCAACACUUCAGCUACAACCACAUCUACCACUAACACACCCUCUUCUGCCACUUUUACUACUACUGCUAAUAUUAACACUUUUACAAUUACUAAUACUGCUACGACAGCCAGAAAUAUUGCCUUAUUAAGUAAUCCUGCAACUACUACUAACAACAAUACAGUUAGUAGUAGCAGCACAACAUUCAGUAGCAGCCGUUGUAGUAGUGGUAGCAGUGUAGUGACAGCAAGCAGUAAUGGCAAUAGUACUGUUGUAACGCCUCUUCUUGUUAAAGAUAAUAAAAGUACCGAAUACUACAUUACCGCCAAUGGUGUCGUUACUAAAAUUACUGUACCUUCUAAUGAAGACAUUUUCAUCGAGGAUGAUGAUGAUGAGGAGGAGGAUGUAGAAAAGGGAGAUGAUGAUGAAGGUGAGAGUAAUGGAGAUAAUGGGAACAAUGUAGUCAUUAAUGAUGAAGAUAGUAAUGAUAAUGAGGUUGGAGAGAGGGAAGAUGAUCAAAGAAAUAAAAGUGAUGAUGAUCAUAGAAAUAAAAGUGAUGAUCAUAGAAAUAAAAGUUAUGACGGUAAUAAAAAUAAAAGUGAUGACGGCACAGAGAGUAGAAUUGUUAUUGAUGAUGAUGAUGAUGAUAAUCAUGAUGAUGGUCGUAACAAUAGAAAUACAAAGGACAGUAAUAGAAAUGGUGCUAAUGGUAAUCUGAUGAACAGAAUUGUUAUUGAGGAUGAUAAUGAGAAAGAAGAUGAUGAUGGUAAGAAUGAGGCUAGUGAUAAUUUCGAGAGCAGAAUUGACAUUGAUAAUGCUGACGACGAUGGUAAUGAAGAUGGUAGUGGGGGGAAAGGUGAUGCCAACUUGGAGAAAGAAUUUGUCAUUGAUGAUGAUGAUAAUAAAAAUGAGGAUGAUGACAAGGAUGAUGAUGAUGAAAAUGAAAAUGACGAUGAUGCUGGUAACAAUGUGAAUGGGAAUGAUUGCGAAAGUACUGGGGCAGUUCUUAUGACUUGCGAAAAUGAUGACGCAGAACCAAUUAACGAAUCCACCGCCAUUGACGUGCAUAAUGAUGGUGACGAUGAUAAUGAGGAUGAUGAUGGUGAUGAUGCAGAUGGUUGUUAUAUCGUUGAAAAUGAAGGUGACAGUAAUAAUGAGAAUGUUACUUGCAAUAAGAUAUGUUUAACCAAUGCAUCUAGUGCCGAUACAUUCUUUGCCACUGAGCGUAAAUCAGGUGCUGCUGCCAGAAUUGAAUUUAAUGACGACUCUGAAGAGGAAGACGAUGUUGAAAAUGUUGCAGGUGAUGUUGAAAAUGACGAAGAUUUUGUUGAAGGCGAUGUUGAAAAUGAUGAUAACGAUGAUUAUAUUGACGUAAGAACAGCCAACAACCUGGGACCAGCUGUUGUCCACAUUGAAGCUACAGACACGAGGGAAUGCAUAGAAUUCACACUGCAAAAUAAUUACGACAACUUGCAACAUCUCGUCAUUCGUUCAUGUGAAGAUUGGGACGAACAUAUGUUUUCACUACUUGGCAACCUGACCCAAUUGCAGAAACUCGACCUAUAUAAAGGAGGUCACAUACCAGAUAGGGGACUUUAUAAGGCUUUACAAAAGAUAUCCAAGUAACAUUCCUUGAAAUCUCUGUGCCUGAUAGAUUACACGAUAGAUUACAGGCUCUCGUCAUCAGUACAAAGGAUGGGCCACUUGCAACACGUCACCCUGCAGCCAAGGAUCGAUGCUAAUGGCGUGUGUAAAGCUGCUUACGUGAAUCUUUGUAGCUUGCUGGCACUUUACAACCUGAAACACUUGAAAUCUCUCAUGUGGAUUGUCUGCCUGGAAAAACCUUUCCAAACAAAUGACAACUCUGCUGAGGGACAACUCGAAGACAGUUCUAAAAUAGUAUGUGAUAAAUAUAACGAAGACCAUGUUGAUAAUAAUAACAACAACAACAACAAACUGGGCAGUGAUAAGGGUGCGAUAAUGUUGCCGUUUUUGUUGGAAACUGUUGCAGAUUUGAAAAGCAUGAAACUAUCUGAUGACCGUGAAAGGAAAUGUUUCUACAUAAACGUUGACACGUUGAGAACAAAAUUGAAAUCUUCCCUACCUAAAACUUCUGUAAUAGUCAUCGUAGAUAACUCAAAAUUUACUGCCUGAAUGAUCGGCUUACUUUUUCUUUAAUUGUGAUACAGUUUUGAAUUUUUAUUUCAAUUUUUUAGUAAGCCGUUUGUGUUGUUAUAUAUUGCAUUACAUGUCAAUUUUUGUUAUAUGUAAAUUUUGUUUAUAUUAUACGUUAUUCCAUCCCCAUGCUGUUUGAUUUUUAAAUGCUUCUUCUUGGUUUUUUCAUAAAAUAAUGUUUCAGUUUAA